GCUUGAGCCAUCCCAACAUUAGCCCUUGAUCAUGACUCAGUUCCAUUACAUUACUCAUAAGUCAUUGAUUGGGUGAAGGCGUCUUCUGUAUUGGGGUUUUGUUAAGAUCCCUGACGCUUGUUUUGAACAUUAACACGCAUUGCUUGCAGUACAGUUUUGGAAACACAAGGACCUUAUAUUUCAUAUCAGCACGCAAUAAGUUUAAAAAACAAAAGGUUAAAUUGAUACACCUUUUUAGCAAUCUAUCGUGCUCUGAACGCCUGUGUAUGUAAUGGAAAAAGGCCACCAGAAACGUGUUACUGAAAAAUACUGUCGGCUGCAACUGAUAAAGCCGGUAAACAGUGUAUAUUUUGCGUUAAAUUAUUUGGAUGUUAUAUGAACGAACGUAACGGGCUUCUGUUUCUAGAACCGUAUCGCAAUUGAGAAUCGAUUCACGUUUAAAUAGAAUAUUUUGCUGCCAGAGCCAGUCUACUUCUAAAAUAACAUACAAGGUCCUUGAACCUUAAGACAGGCUUCUUAUUAAGAGUAAGCACAUAUUGGGCUAUCCCAACAUUAGAUGGCAGCACAAGCACAGUUAUUUGUCACAAUUUAGAAUGUAUUCACUCUAUUUUGAACGUCCUGUAACUUUUUGUCCAACCUCAGUAUUAAAAUACAUUUAUGCAAAGGAUUAACAAAACAAACAUUACACGGUAGGCUACAUGUUUGAGUGCAGGACUCAAAUGGAACCCUUCCUUCUGUGCAAGAGAUUCCGUGGUGAUAUUUGAAGUGCUGCACCCUAGGACCGACUGGCAGUAAGAGUAUACCUCUCGUUGCAUUGUAGCAAAUAUACUGGUAACUAACCCUUCUUCUGUCUGUGAUUGUAGCGUCGAGAGUGAUCAGCUACAUCUACAACAUGAGAUGCGUGUGGAUGUGUCUAUUUCUGUGGCAGGUGUGAUGCGUGUGCCACUGCGCUGGGUGCUGUGGGAUGUGAAAGACACCCUGCUGAAGGUGCGCAGUUCUGUCGGAGAGCAGUACUGCCAGGAGGUCAAGCGAACAGCAGGUUUCAGUCUUAACCCUACAGAGGUGGAGGCUGCCUUCCGCCAGUCCUUCCACCAGUACUCCAAACUCUACCCCAACUACGGUACUGCCCAGGGCCUGGGAGGGAAGGCCUGGUGGAUGGGAGUGGUUCGGGACACCUUCGCCCAGUGUAGAGUACAGGACGCAGCCCUACUGGACACACUGGCCCACAACUUGUAUCAUGGCUUCUGCAGCCCUAAUAACUGGGAGGUAUUUCCAGACUCAGCGAAGACCCUGGAGAGCAUAUCCUCCCUGGGACUGAAGCAGGGUGUGGUGUCCAACUUUGACAAUCGCCUGGAGGGGAUUCUACGAGGCUGUGGCCUACUGUCUCACUUCAGCUUCCUGCUCACCUCAGAGGAGGCCGGUAUAGCCAAGCCUAACCCAGCAAUCUUCCACCAGGCACUAGAGAAAUGUGGCGUAACAGCCGCGAGUGUAGCGCACAUUGGGGACCAUUAUGUCUAUGACUAUGUGACCUCUCGGUCACUGGGCCUCCAUGGGUACUUGCUGGACAGACAGGGCAGGAAUAAAUACCCUGAUGUUCCCCCACAGCAUCGAUUAAAGACACUGGAGGAGCUACCUGCACGUCUCCAGCAACAUAUGGACUAAAUGUUAUCUAUUACACAAGUAAACUCAAGCCAGGAUUCAAACAAAGCGCACUGUGCCAACAUUUCACUGCACUUGACAUUAAAGUAUAAAAAAAUAUAUAUAAAAUCCAAGCCUUAAUCUAUGGCAGUGAAACUAGCCCCAAAACUUAACAUAUGCAAUGACCACUUUUAGAUUAUCUAAAUAUGUACAUAUAAUUUAUCUAAUGUUUUCAUAACUUAUUUCGCCAAUACGUUUUAUAUCACGUUGUGACACCCUCCAAUUAAUGGAUUAUGUUCAAUAAAUAAAAAUGCCUGUUCUACAGCCAGUGCUACAUUCUUCUACGACUUAA